AUGGCCAAAGUCCCUGACCUCUUUGAAGACCUGAAGAACUGUUACAGUGAAAAUGAAGACUAUAGUUCUGAAAUUGACCACCUCUCUCUGAAUCAGAAGUCCUUCUAUGAUGCAAGCUAUGAGCCACUUCGUGAGGACCACAUGAAUAAGUUUAUGUCCCUGGAUACCUCGGAAAUCUCUAAGACAUCCAGGCUUAGCUUCAAGGAGAAUGUGGUGAUGGUGACAGCCAAUGGGAAGAUUCUGAAGAAGAGACGGUUGAGUUUAAAUCAGUUCAUCACCGAUGAUGACCUGGAAGCCAUUGCCAAUGAUACCGAAGAAGAAAUCAUCAAGCCCAGAUCAGCACAUUACAGCUUCCAGAGUAACGUGAAAUACAACUUUAUGAGAGUCAUCCACCAGGAAUGCAUCCUGAACGACGCCCUCAAUCAAAGUAUAAUUCGAGAUAUGUCAGGUCCAUACCUGACGGCUGCUACAUUAAAUAAUCUGGAGGAGGCAGUGAAAUUUGACAUGGUUGCUUAUAUAUCAGAAGAGGAUUCUCAGCUUCCUGUGACUCUAAGAAUCUCAAAAACUCAACUGUUUGUGAGUGCUCAAAAUGAAGACGAACCCGUCUUGCUAAAGGAGAUGCCUGAGACACCCAAAAUCAUCAAAGAUGAGACCAAUCUCCUCUUCUUCUGGGAAAAGCAUGGCUCUAUGGACUACUUCAAAUCAGUUGCCCAUCCAAAGCUGUUUAUUGCCACAAAGCAAGAAAAACUGGUGCACAUGGCAAGCGGGCCGCCCUCGAUCACUGACUUUCAGAUACUGGAAAAAUAG